CGCGCAUGCGCGUUGGCUCAACCACGACUGAAGCGAAUGCUUCCUGUUUGGCGUCGUUUGCUUUGAAACAAUCCGACACAAAAGAAAAAGAGUCAAGUCUGAAUUGACGCUCCAGCAUAAACUGCACCAAAGUUUGCGUUUGAAAUGAGCUGCGCCGAUUGCUGUGGACGAUUUGACUCGCUUGAGUGACGACCCAAAGGAGCGCAGGAGGAAGCGAUGUGGUGGUUCCAGCAGGGCCUGAGCUUCCUGCCCGCCCUCCUGGCGGUCUGGACGGCGGCGGCCUUCGUCUUGGCCUACGUCACGGCGGUGGUCCUGAGGCACGUGGACCCUCUGGUGCCCUACAUCAGCGACACGGGAACGAUGGCACCGGAGAGGUGCGUGUUUGGCAUCAUGCUGGAUGUGUCGGCCUUUUUAGGCAUGGCCACCGUGUACGUGCGCUACAAACAAGUGGAGGCGCUGACGGGCGCCGAUGACGCCGACGGCGGCCGGAGCGUCUCCAGACUGAACCGCUUGGGGCUGCUGCUGGGCCUCUUCAGCUCCAUGGGCAUGUGCGUGGUGGCCAACUUCCAAAAAACGACGCUGUUCUGGGUUCACCUGCUGGGCGCCGUGCUGACGUUGGGCGUGGGCGCUGUGUACAUCCUGGCGCAGACGCUGCUGUCGCACCGCAUGCAGCCCCGCGUGCACAGCAGGAGGGUCUUCCACGUCCGCCUCGCCCUGGCGCUCUGGACCCUCGCGAGCAUCGUCGCCAUGUUCGUGUCGUCCGUCGUCAUGUACAGCAGCCUGCCCGGAGUGGACGUCGCCCGCAAGCUGCACUGGACGCCCGGAGAGACGGGCUACACGGCUCACAUCAUCAGCACGCUGUGCGAGUGGUCGCUGGCGUUUUCCUUCAUCAGCUUCUUCUUGACGUUCAUACGAGACUUCCAGAAAAUUAACCUCCGAGCCGAAGCGGACGUGCAGUGCCGCCACCUGUACGACCGGCCGCCCCGGAGCUUCGCCGCGUCCGAGUCGUCGCCGCUGCUGCCGGGAGACACGUAACCCCGACGAGUACCCAAAAGGAACACCACCACUAACACAACUUUUACAAGCACUUUUUGUACUGUUUUAUAACACCACCUACAAAAAUUAUUUGUUGGACAGCGAGCGAUAAGUCGGAACCGCUCAAGAAGUCGGCGAAGUGGGCCUUCACUUUCCGACAAAAAUUGUCUGUAGGAAAUAAUGGGAAUGCAAAAAUAAUCUGCAUGCUGUAUGACAAAGUAAAAUAAAAUUAAUGUACUCACCCUUUGAGGACACUUGGGAAAAUGA